CCAGCCGCAUGGUGGCUGCUCUCGGGAGCCAUAGCUCUUUUUCAUUAUUACGCAGCUGCGCGUCUCCAUGAGUCCUCUCUCUCCCAUCACUCUCAGCUGCGGGGCGGAGGGCCGGCGAGGAGGACACCGAGAGCUUGGAGCGCGGCCGGAGAUGGACACGGUGGUCUUUGCGGAUGUGGCUGUGAACUUCACCCGGGAAGAGUGGGCUUUGCUGGAUGGUGCUCAGAGGAAGCUCUACAGAGAAGUGAUGCUGGAGACCUGCCGGAACCUGGCCUCCGUGGAUUAUUACAGUGAAAUUAAAACCGGUGAGUCACGUUCUCAAUGGAUGUUUUUGGACAAUAAUAUGUCCAAUGAAGGAAAAACAGUGAGAUUUCUAAGAAUUGAUUCUCGAUCAGUUAUUGGAGAAAACAAGUUGAUGAAUAAUAAUGGAAAUCGUCAGCUAACCCAGGAGACUCCUUUUAGAAAUCUUUUGCCGGAGAGGCUCUGUAAAGCUAAUGAAGAUGAUCAAUGUGUACAUACCCUGAACAACGUUACAUCUCUUUCUGUGUGUGAGAAGUGCCCAAGUAGAGUUCAACCUUGUGAAUACACUCAGUCUGGGAAAGUCCUCCUGGAAUGUUCUUUCUUUCAGAAUCAGGAAAGAUGUCAAACAGGGUCUACAUUGCAUCUGUGUGAGGAAUGUGGGCAAGCUGGCAGGUGUAUCUUAUGCCUAAGCUCUCACGUGGGAACAGACCUUGUAGAGAAACCCUGUAUAAUUCAGGAUAGUGAGAGAGUGUGCAAGAAAUCUGUGAAGAACCUCUGUGGUGAGAAAUCUUUUUUCCAGUGUAGCAAAUGUGGAAAAGCUUUCAGUUGUUCCUCCUCCCUUCAAGCACAUGUGAGGAUGCACGUUGGAGACAAACCCUAUGAAUGUGACCAGUGUGGCAAAGCCUUUAGCUUUCCUUCAGUCCUGCAUGAACAUGUUAGAAUCCACACCGGCGAGAAACCGUAUGUGUGUAAAGAGUGUGGGAAAGGAUUUAAGAUUUCCAGAGUACUGCGAGACCAUGUGAAAACGCACAGUGGGGAGAAACCCUACGAAUGUAAGGAGUGUGGGAAAGCCUUCAGCCUUUCGUAUUGUCUUCGAAGCCAUUUGAUCACACACAGUGGGGUGAAAGCCUAUAAAUGUAAGGAGUGUGGAAAGGCCUUCAGUUUUCAGUCCACCCUUCGAAGACAUGAAAUAACACACUCUGGGGAGAAACCAUAUGCAUGUGAGCAGUGCGGGAAAGCCUUCAGUAAACGCUGCAGCCUUAAGUCACAUUUGCGGACACACACUGGCGAGAAGCCCUAUGAAUGUAAGGUGUGUGGGAAAGCCUUCAGUUUUUCAUCUUCUCUUAGAAGCCAUGUGAGAAUUCACAGCGGGGAGAAACCCUAUGAAUGUAAGGAGUGUGGAAAGGCCUUCACUGUUCUAUCCACCCUUCGAAUGCAUGCGAGAACACACACUGGGGAGAAACCCUAUGAAUGUGAGCAGUGCGGGAAAGCCUUCAGUCAGCGAUGGAGCCUUAAAUCACAUUUCAGAAAACACACUGGCGAGAAACCCUAUGAAUGUGAGCAGUGUGGGAAUUCCUUCAGUUUUCUUUCCAACCUUCGAAUGCAUGUGAGAACACACAGUUGGGAGAAACCCUAUGAAUGUGAGCAGUGUGGGAAAGCCUUCAGUCAGCGAUGCAGCCUUAAAACACAUUCGAGAAUACACACUGGGGAGAAACCCUAUGAAUGUCAGCAAUGUGACAAAGCCUUCUGUGCGCCAUCGUCCCUUUAUAGACAUGUGGGAAGGCACCGGAGGGAGACCCCUAUGAAUGUCAGCAAUGUGGUCACGUUCUCAGCUUUCACUACUCCCUUAAAGAACAUGUGAGGACACACAGUGGGGGGAGAAUGUGGGAAUGUCGGCAGUGUGGGAAAGCUUUAAAUUGUCAGUCUUUCCUCAAAGUACAUGUGAGAAUGCCCAAUGGGGAGAAACCUUAUGAAUGUAGAAAAUGUGG